UCUAGGUGGUAGGAGUAAAUGUCCCUGGCAGAAGGAACUGCAUGAGCAAAUGCCUAGAACCCACAUGGGUGUGGCCCUCAGGAGCAGCAGUAUGACCAGUAUGCCGUGAGCAGUUGGUAUGUUCUGGGAGACUGUGCCAAGUGCUUCUGGUGCAAAGGUGAAUAAGGCAGGCAGGCCGGUAAGUGGGUGGAAAGGGUGGAAGGAGCCAGGAAGAAGUUCAUAGAGUGGGAGAGUGAUUGACCAAGGGUUUCAUAGUCAAUUGGUGGCAGGUCUUCCAUCAUGAAGCCUGAGACAGGGUAGACCAUGCCCAGAAGGACCUGGAUGUCAGGACUGGGCCUGUUUCUCUAAGACCAUCAGCAGAGAGGGUGAGAAUAGCCCAGGGUGGGGCCUGGUGCGCAGGAUGUUUGCUUGACCUGAGCCACUCAGAGAUGAGGGUUUCACUUUCCCUUUCAGUUCUCCGGGUAUAUCUGGGUCCAGAGGUUGUGUGUGGUUAUUGCCGAGUCAAAAAGCUAGUAGCUGCAUUGCAUAGCUGAGAACAACUGGAUCUUGUUUACAUUCAGCCAGAGAAGAUUUCUGGGUAAGCAGGCAGGGUAGGACCCCCCGCCCCCCAUCACCCCGUCCUCAGGACAACGGUCUGAUAAUUGUUGCUAGUUGACAGAAGAAGGGAAAAUGGAAGCUCAGAGAGGGGUGAAGCAUCACCUCCUUCCAGCCUGACCCAGACAAGGAGCUGAGGGAGAGCUCUGAGACCCAGCUGCUGCCAUCAUGAACUCAGAAGACCUUAAGGAAAGCUCAGAGAGUGAAAACUUUUUUGAGGAUAUCGUUCAGUAUUUGCAGGACACAGUGAGCAGAGAACAGCUGGAACUCCUGCUCACUGAAGAGGAAGCCUGGGAGAGUUUUGUGGCUGAGGCUGAUUUGUCCAGGGAAGAGACAGAUGCACUACAUGAAAAGCUGCUGGAGCUGAAAACAGACUUGGUAGAGGAGGACCAACACAGGCCACAACAGGACCAGCUGGACAGGAAGCGGUUUUUGGAGGAAUUUCCUCGGGUGAAACAGGAGCUGGAGGACAGCAUAGCAAAGCUGCAUGUGCUGGCAGACAAGGUCGACAAGGUGCACAGGGACUGCACCAUCUCCAGCGUGGUGGCCACCUCUGCCGGCGCUGUGUCUGGCGUCCUGACCAUCCUUGGCCUGGCUCUGGCACCCGUGACAGCAGGCAUCAGUCUGGGACUCUCGGCCACUGGGUUAGGGCUGGGAGCAGCGGCUGCUGUGACCAGCGUGUCCACCAGCAUUGUGGAACACGUAAGCAGGUCAUCAGCAGAAACCGAAGCCAGUCGCCUUGUGCCAACAGAUAUCAAUGAAGAGGGGGCGUUUGCAGAGGUUUUACAUAAAAGCACAACCCAGAUUGUUUCCUCUACAAAGAACCUCAUCCAAGCCUUGCAAGGCAUUGGGAAAAAUGUUCGCGCCAUCAAGCUGGCCAAAGUCAACCCUCGCUUAGCGUCCCACGCUAAGCGCUUCAUGACUACGGGGCGAGUCUCCAUCCAAAGAGGCAAGCAGGUGCAGAGAGCAUUUGGAGGUACAGCACUGGCAAUGACCAAAAGCGCCCGGAUCGUGGGUGCAGCCACGGCAGGUGUUGCCCUCCUGAUGGAUGUGGCCUUACUGGUGAAAGAGGCAAAGCACUUGCAUGAAGGGGCAAAGACAGAGUCAGCAGAAAGGAUGAGGCACCUGGCCGCGGAGCUGCAGAAGAAGUUGGAAGAGCUCACCCGGAACUAUGAGAGUCUGCAGGAGGGCUGGACUUGGCCCCUACCAGGGCAGUGUAGGGAGCAGGGACAUGUGCGGGGCCAAGAGAAGAAGGUACCUUCUUAGAGGGGAAGCGAGACAGAGGGGGAAACUGGGCUGGUCUCCUGACUUGUUUUAGUCUGGACUAUGCCAUUUUCCCAAAGGAAGAGAAAUCCUUAAAUCCUCUUGUAUUCAAAACAUGUCAUUUUCUUCCCUAACUUCUCCCUCUUGGCUCAAGAUGAGUCACAAAGCUUCAAGUACCACUGUUCAAAAAGUAUUUUUUUAAAAAAUACAGAAUAAGUGUCACCAAUUUGUUCAUGUCUCUAGAUCUGCUUCCUCUGCAUUUAUUUUUAAAAAGCUUAAUAGGAAACCAACACCUUUUUAUUUGCCCAACAAUCACAUGAUCAGAGAGCCCAGUUUAUGACACCAGCCCUGACCUCUUGCUCUGUCUGUCCUUUGUUGGCAUGUAGAGGGGAGAGGCUGUGACAUAGCAUCACGUAUGACCUCUCUUCCUCUGAUUUCUGCAUCCCUCUGUGGUGCCCCUCUGAGCGUUUCACCAAAGAUCUACAUCACCUCAAGGGGACCCCAGGCAGAAAACAAACAGAACUUUCUAGCUUCUGUGUUCGUCGAGUUUUCUAAAUUGAAGUAUGGUUGAUUUCCAAGAUCAUGUUAGUUUCAGGUAUAUAGUACAGUGAUUCUGUUAUGUAUAUA